AUGAAGGCAAUGGUCUGUAAUGGCAACAGUGGCGCUACGGGCAUUGACUCUCGUAAGGAUGGUGAGGUCUUUAAUGGUCUUAUAAUGAAGUUGACAAUGUCGGGUACUGGCCGAUCUCAACUCCAAGGUCUAGUAUGCCGAGACCGGUUAGAAACACAAAUGGUGCAAUCUUCAGAUCAACUUCUGUCUUGA